AUGGAGGCACGGACGAGCUCGACGGCGGCCGCCGCCGCGCCGCUUCCCCCGGACGAUCUCCUCCUGGAGAUCCUGCUCCGCCUCCCGCCGGAGCCGAUCCACCUCUUCCGCGCCUCCUUCGUCUGCAAGCACUGGCGCGGCCUCGUCCACGACGCCCGCUUCCUUCGCCGCUUCCGCGAUUUCCACGGCGGGACGCCUCCCGUGCUCGGCUUCUUCGACCAGGCAGGGCCUCCCUUAUUCGUCCCCACCUCCGGCGGCUUCGCGCUCUCCACCGCCACCGUGUUCCCCGAUGACUGGUGGGCCCUCGACUGUCGCCACGGCCGCGUCCUCCUGGACAGCUGCCGCAACCGGACGCUGCUCGUCUGGGAACCCAUGACCGGUGACAAGCGCUACCUGCCGCCCCCCGCGCAGGCCUCUCAUGGGAGCUUCGAGUACAAUGCCGCAGUUCUGUGCGCGGCUGGGCACACCGACCACGGCGACUGCCAUUCCUGCCCGUUUCUCGUGGCGUUCGUGUUCAGUCACCAGACAGAUUUCAUCACCUCCGCAUGCGUCUUCUCGUCCGAGACCGGUGUCUGGGGUGAGAUCACUUCGAUUCUUGUGCCAUAUGCAUUAAGUCAGGCAACGCCCACGGCUCUGGUUGGAAACACAAUCUACUGGCUGUUGGACAACUGCAGCAUCUUUGAGUUUGAUUUGGAUAAGCAUAUGCUGGGUCUGACUGAGGAGUUCCCAUAUGACGCGCUAGAAAGCUACGAAAGACAGAUUGUCAUCAUGCCUACAGAUGUUGGAUGGCUUGGUUUGGCCGGAGUUGAAGAAUUCAAUCUCCAUCUGUGGUCAAAGGUGGUGAGCGUUGACGGGGUAGUGACAUGGACACACCAAAGGGUCAUUGAUCUCAAAAAGUUUCUUCCUCCCGAAGUAGUGGCGGGGUGUAUGGUUCAAGAUAUUCGAGCGGAGGCAGUUGGCUAUGCGGAAGAUGCUGAUGUGAUCUUCAUUGAUGUGUAUCCUAGCAUCUACAUGAUCCAUCUCAAGUCCAUGAAGGUCAAGGAGGUGUCAGGCAAACUCAUCUGCAAAUACAUUUUGCCUUACUCAAGUUUCUACGCUCCAGGUACCACCAUUAAUUACUUCAAUGUCGCAGAGUUCACUUUAGUAUUCCAAACUGUAGCCAUAGUUCAUUUAUAG